GUACAUAUUUUGUAGACUAGUAGACUGUAGUUACCUAUAUUAUAAUUUAUAGUUUAAUAGUUUAUACAUUUCAGAUUUUGGGAGUCUGGAGUCGGGACUUUGGUCUUUGGGUCGACAGUACUCGACUGAGGAUUGUGUUUGAAUGCGUUAUUAAAUAUUUUAAUGUGUUUAGUGUAGAGUUCGUAAAACGUUCAGCCGAUUGUUUACAUAUUAAAGUUGUGCUCAAGUCGUACGCGCUAACAAACUCAUCAUGUCGUUAGUGUGUGCCAUUUCUAAUGAAGUACCAGAGCAUCCCGUGGUAUCACCAGUCUCUGGAUCAAUUUUUGAAAGACGUCUUAUAGAAAAAUAUAUCAAGGAAAACAAUACCGAUCCUAUAAAUGGCGAAGAAUUAACUGUUGAACAAUUAGUGGAUAUAAAAACUGCCUCCAUCGUCAAACCUAAACCUGUGACUGGCACUAGCAUUCCUGCAAUAUUGAAAAUGCUUCAAGAUGAAUGGGAUGCAGUGAUGUUACACGCAUUUACACAAAGACAACAGUUGCAAACUGCUAGACAAGAAUUGAGUCAUGCUUUGUACCAGCAUGAUGCUGCUUGUCGUGUGAUAGGUCGUUUGACUAAGGAAGUGACAGCUGCUCGUGAGGCUUUGGCUACACUGAAACCUCAAGCCGGAAUUUCGGUUGCUGAUUCAUCUGCAAAUGCUGGACCUACUACAAUACCACAACCUGCAAUUGCUAUGGAAGCAGCUGGAGUGCCGAAUCAGCCCACCGAAGAAGCAGGUAUAACUGAUGAAAUUAUUAAGAAACUACAAGAGAAGGCUACAGUUUUAACACAAGAGAGAAAGAAACGGGGACGUACAGUUCCAGAAGACUUAAUGGACCAAGAAUCAUUGAAAGGAUUUAAAACAUUGGCAUCCCAUCCAGGUCUUCAUAGUGCUAGUGUACCAGGAAUAUUGUCUUUAGACAUACACAGUGAAGAUACUAGUAAAAUUUUGACUGGUGGAAAUGAUAAAAACGCUACAGUAUUUAAUAAGGAUACUGAACAAAUCAUAGCUGUUCUGAAAGGUCAUACAAAGAAGGUCACACGAGUCAUUUAUCAUCCAAAUGAGGAUGUUGUGAUAACUGGAUCACCUGAUACAACAAUUCGAGUAUGGAAUGUUGGUGCUUCUAAUCCCUUAUCUCAAAUAAUUAGAGCUCAUGAAGGUCCUGUAACUGGAGUGUCGUUGCAUCCAACUGGGGAUUAUGUUUUGUCAACAUCUGUUGAUCAGAACUGGGCAUUCUCUGAUAUUCGCACAGGAAAACUAUUAACCAAAGUUUCAAGUCAAACUUCAAACAAUACUCUAACUACUGGACAAUUCCAUCCUGAUGGACUUAUUUUUGGAACUGGUACUUCAGACUCAAAUGUUGUGAUUUGGGAUUUGAAGGAACAAUCAAAUGUGGCAACGUUUUCAGGACAUUCUGGACCAAUUACAGCCAUAUCAUUUUCUGAAAAUGGUUACUAUCUUGCUACUUCAGCAGAUGACUGCUGUGUAAAACUUUGGGAUUUACGUAAAUUAAAGAACUUUAAGACUCUUGUCAUGGAUGAUGGAUAUGAAAUCAAAGACUUAUGUUUUGACCAAAGUGGAACUUAUUUGGGUGUUGCAGGAACUGAUGUUCGUGUUUAUAUGUGUAAGCAAUGGCAAGAAUUAAAAGUGUUCAAUGAUCACACAGCAUUGGCUACAGGAAUUAGAUUUGGAAAACAUUCCCAAUUUAUUGCUUCUACCAGUAUGGACAGAACACUGAAACUUUAUGGAAUUUAAAGCAGACGUUUUGUAAGCUAUGACUCAAUUUUAGGUUAAAAUAACUGUUAAGGUGUAUACCUUUUUUACUUGCAAUAUUGCACAAAAACUUUAGACUUUAUUAAUAAAAGAAGAAACCCCUAAAAUCAUGUUUGAAAUUCUUUUUUGUUUAUAUUAAUUUAUUUCCUUAAUAUGUAUAGAAAAAAGAUGUUUUUCAGUUUUCACCUUUAGUAGUACAAAUGACUGAAUAACUGUAGCUUAUACAUUUAUAAAUUAUCAAACAAGACUCUGGUUAGGUAUUUUCGUACAUCAUUUAUAGGGCUCUGAAGUUGAUGACCUAAAACACUUUUAAAGUGACUUCAAAUAGUAUAUCAAUUAUUUAAAAAUGAUUAAAAAAAUGAUCGAAAUAUUUUCAUAAAAUGCAAAAAAAUAACUUGUUUGUUUUGAUUAAAAAUAAUUUUUUUUUAAACAUGUUAAGAAUUGAAAUCUUAAUUUAAAGCAAUGUCAAUAAAAUGUUUUAAAUUAAUAAUAAUGAUACCUCAUCAAAUAUAUUAAAUUAUCAUUAUAUA